UUUCAAAAACUUUGUUCUUAAAAUCCACAUGGCAGAAUUCACUGCAGAUUUGCAAAGUCUUAGAUUUCCUUUCUUAGAUAUUGACAACAUGGAAAUGCAGAACUUGAUGAUGCCAUUCUCCUGUGAAAGCUUCUUAGGUUCUCCAGAAGCUGAAUUUGCAGGAAACUUGGAAGAGAAUUUUCCUGAUCACAAUGAAGUUCCAGUUUUAGUUCCUAUUAUUAAUUCAGUUAAAAAUGAAAUCCAUGAAGGUCAAAAGAGGAAAGCAACUGAUAUAUGGGAGCCAAGUUCUGCAAAUUCAACUCCUGCUGUUUUUGAGAGUGGAAGCAAGACAAAAAAUAGUUGUGGAAGAGGCAAGAGAGUAAAAAGGAAUAUGAUAGAAGACAAGAAACCGAAUGAAGUAGUUCAUGUUAGAGCCAAACGAGGUCAAGCUACUGAUAGUCACAGUUUAGCAGAAAGGGUUAGAAGAGGGAAAAUCAAUGAAAAACUUAGGUGCUUGCAGAACAUUGUCCCAGGAUGUUACAAGACAAUGGGUAUGGCAAUAAUGUUGGACGAGAUAAUAAACUAUGUCCAGUCCUUGCAGCACCAAGUGGAGUUCCUCUCUAUGAAGCUUAAUGCAGCAAGUACCUAUUAUGACUUCAAUUCAGAGUCAGAUGUUUUGGAAACAAUGCAGAGAGCAAGAGCAUCCGAGGUGAAAGAGUUGGACAGGUAUGUGAGAGAAGAAUGUGAAGGAGUUUCUUGCUUUGAACCAACAUGGUCAUGGCCCCUGUGACUUGGGUUUUGGAUGUUGUAACACAAACCAGACCAUGAAUUGAAGAAGCUCCAUUGCAUGCACUUCUUCUUACUUUCUAUAAUUUUAAAGGAUCAGAUUGUUUUCACUCCUUAGUGUAUAAGUACAGAAUAGACAUUCUCGUUUGUACAAUCCCAUCAAACACGUGUAGAAAAGAAUUGGAAUGGAAGUGAUUAAAAGCCUACAUUUCAUUUAUUUUAGGGGUGUGGCUGUUGCACUUGUGUUAUAUACACUUUUGGCAAUAUAUGUACUAUUAAAUUGAGAGUUAA